UCAAAACGACGUUUUCCCAACGGUCAACUCCACUUCGCCAUCCCCAUAGCUACAUGGCAAUUUUAGAUACUCGUUUCAAGAGGUUGAACAGCCGUCAAAUACAGCAGCUCAGCCUUGUGUUUCAAUGCAGGGUACGGAUCAAAGGGUUUUACCAAGGAUUACCCCGCAAACCGCCGACGGCGCCUUCCCGGAAAUGAUGCUUGAGUAUCUGCUCACAACGCUCCUGCCCAGCACGGACAAGAGAUGCCUAUUCGGCGUAAUUGCGACGCCUCCAGGACAAUCAUGUCAUACAGAUUGCGGUAUACGGGCUUGAUUGAGAAGGGUGCAUCAUCAUGGUGCGUAUAAAAGGUCCUGUCGUCUUACGCAAGCGCGACUUCUCUAUCUAGGCCGCGUUCCUAAAUCUCUGAGUUGUUUUCAAUCACCAUCGUGAAUUGCACUGCAUCAUGCGAGUCCCUAUUGCUCCCAUUAUUUUCCUCGCCUCUCUGGCGUCCGCUCGUCCUCAGGAGCAGCCAGCGUGUGCUUCGCCGUCGUGUACCGAAACAGCGGAAGUUGUUCCUGCUAGACUCAUCAACGACACAGCCAUCCUGAAUGCCCUAGCCGGUACCUACUCCCUGGUAAACACAUCUAGCACGCUCAAUGGCGUUUCCAUCCCGGACCUCCCUUAUGGCGAAGCCCCAGUCGGCCUCCUCAUCUACACAGCCACAGGUUUCAUGAGCGCAACCAUCACCGCCACAGAACCAGAGUUCCGUCCCAACCUUACCUUCCCUUACCAAGCCAACGACACAGACGCCGAUUGGGCGCAAGUUGGCAAGCAUAGCAUCGGGUACGCUGGACCUUUCCGUGUCAAUGACGAGCUGCCUGCUACCGAGACUGAGGGUCAGAUCUUCCAUGGUCCGCUAACGGUGGCCAACGUGCCAACGUGGGUUGGUCAGAAUCAUAGGAGGAAUUACACGGUCGUUGAGGUGGAAGAGGAGGGCACGAUUGUCAAGUAUCUGAGAAUUGGAAGUGAACGUGGUGGAGGAUAUCGUGGUGUGCUUUGGUGGAAGAGGCUUGCUUGA